UCUUCGCCACGCCUAUGACCAAAUCUAUUGUAGCCCCAAGAUGAUGCGUGCUCUUGCCGGAUACCAGACGGUCACGCUUAUGAUUUUCGGGAUUCCUCAUCUUUUUGUAGCCGACCCCGUGACUCGCAUUCUUUGGGUGACAGUUAGACCCUCUGUUAAGGUGGUCACGUGGUUGACUGAUAUAUAACCCAUAUCAAACGUGUGUCAGGCACACACUUUCGAUUUGUUUCCAUUGUGGUAAGAACCAAAGACUACAUCUCUUGGAUUACACAUCGUGGGAUAUGAUCAAACAAAAUCAUGGGGUCACAUGGUUGCUCGUCACUUGCACACUGAUAGGUCUUGUGGCUAGCACUCAAAAUGAGAAGCGAUUAACAAGCAACAAUUCUACAACCUCAAGUAACACUCUAGCAACCAGCAAGAAAGAUUCAUCGGCCAAGAAUGGUACUGCAGAAUUUGUUAGAUUGCAUAGACGCGCACCGAGAUUUGAUACUGCAGGAUCAAGUCCUUGGGUUAGAGUCUACAACCGACCACCAGGUAGUAAAACAGAUUCAUUUUUCAAUUAUGAAACAAGAGGCAACACUAGUGCUCACACUAGUGGAGAAGCAUGGUCUGGUUUCGAAGAAAAUGUUUUAAAGGAUAAUGCUCCCGCCGCUAAAGAAGAUUUAAAUGCACAAGUCCAGGACAUCCUACGAGUGAAACCAAAAGGCAAAAACAGCGCUUUAAGCAAUACAAAGAUUAAAACACCCGAAAUUCAACAAGAGAUCCCACAAGGAAAAACAGUUUCCCCACCCACAAAAACACCUCAGACAACAGUAUCAUCAGCUCCAGUAAAUAAUGACGCUCAGAAAAAAGGCUACAUUGCUUGGUCGUCCAAUGAUGGUGCGUCGCCUUCUAGAUGGGCUUCGAAUGAUGCUGCUGAUUCUGAAAGCAAAGACCCAACUCCUGCAAUUGAAGAAACCAUUACGACGAAAGACGGCAAUCGAUGGAAAGUGGUAGGUAAAGGUGGUGAAGGCUGGGAAGUUGUAGAUGAUAAAGGUGCUGUUGAAUGGAAAAUCGAAUAUGAUGAUGGGGAGUGGCGAGUCACAAGUACCGGAAAUGCUCCCAAUGAUGUAGAAUGGGCUGAUCCUGAAUACGUGUGGGGACCUUCCGAUGGAUCCCUGUCUGAAGAUGAUGAAUAUAAUUCUUGGCCUGCUGAUGAUUACGGUUACACGCCACCUUGGAUAGAUCCUCAAACUUAUGUUCCAGAUUAUGGAAAUUACAGCUGGCCAAAGAAAGGUGAUGAUAUCCAAAAGCCUGCCUCUGCCAAGGACGAAGCGAGACAAGAUCCCAGUUCUGGAUGGCAAGAUCCAGUGGGGCAACAAACCAGUUUCAAAGAGCCAGUUCCUUAUGGAACACGACGCAGAACCUUGCCUGAAAAAACUCGAGUCAACAGUGCAGAAAGGCGAACAAGUAACGAAAACGCAGAGACAGCAGAUCACAGCGUAGACACCGAGCCCCCACAAGCAGACCAGCCAACACCAGGAAAGUCCUGGAGGCCAAGUGGAACUAUUAUAGGUGCAAGUCCGGAGUGGGUGGAAGGAUAUGGAAGCAAUGCAUGGGAGGGAGACAAUUCUGGAUGGAAUGCUGGCUAUGGCAGAGAAACCUGGAUCGCUGAGAACAAAGAUUAUCCUUCUGGACAAUGGGUACCAAAACCUGGCCCUGGGCAAAUCAAAACUAAUAUUAACGAAAACAGUGAAGGAAAUGCCAAAACUCCUAUCCGAGCUUGGGGCACCGGAUAUGGAAGCAAGACCUGGAAAGGCUCUGAAUGGAACAGCAAUGUUGUUUGGAAAACAGGAUUCGGAGGACCAUUACCGUGGUCAGAUGAUAACAGCACUUGGAAAUUUCCAGAUUCAGAUACUAAGCUAAAUGAUUUAAAUAAAAAUAAAAGACCCCCGGUUUGGUCUCAACCAGUACCCAGUACAGAGAGUACAGCUGAUGCAGGUAGAAGAGAAAGCGGUUCCACUGAAAAGAAACCAGAUGCUGUCGACACUAAACGUCUUAUAAGACCUUUUAACAGAGGAAAUAAUUUACGCAAAACGCCACCUCAUAGAAGAACUGAAGGCGAAAGCUGGGGUGAUGAUUCAAGCACCGGAGGCGUCGUGUGGAAAGAAGACAUACAGCCCCCAGCAGGUCAAUCACCAACGAAAGUGGAUGGUAGUCAGAGUAACACUUGGCAACCAGUCGGUUGGAGAAUAAGUGGGCCAAGUGGAAAGCAGAAAGAUACGGUAACUUCAUGGAAGUCAGGUCGUCCAAAUAAAAGCAGUAAUUUGAUUAGUGUAUUAUGGAAAACGGGAACUGAUAUUCCAAGUGAUGCGGUACCUGCUGAGUGGGAUAGGACGCAGUUUCCAAACAGCAAUUCAGACGGUACUCCUGCUUGGAACUUCGAUGGGUGUAAAAUGACCAUAAAAUGCGGGUCGAAAACUCCAGAUGUUAGUGAUGACAGCAUAGAUAUAAACACACCUCCAAGUACGCAAGGUGAUACAUACCCACCACCUACAGAAUCUCCGCCAUCGAAUGUCGGUAAAAGCUGGAAGCCUCCAAAAAGUUGGAGACCUCCAUCAUGGGAACAACCUAGCCCACCUUCUGGAAUGAGAUGGAAAUCGCCACCUCCUACCGUGCCAACAACAAGUGUUCCUUGGAAAUCACCCCCGACUUCACCAAGUGUGGCAUGGAAAUCUCCUCCUUCCUUACCCCCAAGCGUAACCUGGGAACAACCAACUCCAAGUAUGAGCUGGAGAAAACCUACACCACCAAGCACAGCGUGGAGACAGCCACCAUCCAGCAAAAUUUGGAAACAACCUACACCACCACCGACAUUAACAUGGACAGAGCAAACACCAGAUUCUCCAAGUGUGAGUUGGAAUUCACCUCCGCCAAUGAGAUGGAAAAGACCUGGCAGAAAACCAACUAAGAGUUGGAAACCUCCACCAACCAAAAGCUGGAAGCCUCCAAUAGGGCCAAGUCAAACCUGGACACCAGCUAUCGCAACGCCCGCACCAGAUGUAUUUCCCCCUCAAACAAAGCCAGAUUGUAAAGAUGGCACACCACAACCAACUGCACCACCAAGUAUUGAGGACAAUGAUGAUGACACGGGACCACCACAAAUCAUAAUUAUAACUAAACUUCCAAAUGGUCUAAAGCCACCUGGUGUAGCUGAUGACAGUGAUACUAAAGAUACUGCAAAACCUCCAAGUGGUCCAUGGAUUUUUCCUCCCAGAAAAGGGAGCCCAAAGGGCGGCAAAACCAGAAAAGAUAAAAAAGUUCCUGUGGGAGGUAGUGUAAAUAGAUGGCCAGCUCGCCCUCCAAAGAGAAAUUCGAAACCAUCCAAUAAACAAAAGGGAUGGCCUAAAGGUAUGCUGCCUCCAAAUUUCGGAUGGACAAGUAAUAGUUUGCGAAGAUCGACAACAAAGAAACCAGUUAUGAUUAGCGGAUGGAAACCUUCAGAUAACACAAAACCAAAAACUUGGAGACAAAUGUUGAAAAAACUGAUUAACGGACGAUAGAAAACGUGCGCUAAUACUGCUUUAGAUAAUAAAUUGCUAUUAUGUUUUUUAAAUUUUAUAUUCUUUUAAGUAUAAAUAGCAGAGAUUUUAGAGACAGAAGGGAGCUCAAUAAAACUUCUUUUAUUGAUAAAACGGUAAAUUUAAAUCUUCUUUAGGCAGUCUUUCAAAAUAAACUUUUUUUUUUCAGUGCCAUUAAUAUACGCAUCAAAAACACCGCCAUUUGAAACCUUUAAUCAUUUGCAAAAAAAAAAAAAAA